ACAAAGAAUUAGACUUUUAUUCUAAGAGCAGAGAGAUGAACGGAUGAACGCUGAAUUAUUCUGUACAUCCAGCUGUUUGUUAACUUCCUCCUGGUUGCACAAGGAGAGGAAAGUUUCCAUCCCGCUCCCCCGGCCUCUCCAAACGUCCCAACACUGAGGUGUUUUACAAAGGAAACUGCCUCAUUUAUGAGUCAUCUGUGUGGCCCGUUAACACAUGAGCUCAUUAUGGCUCUGGGCUGUAUGAUGUGGGCAUGCUUUUGUCUGUCAACAGCACACUUGUUCAUACGCUGCAAACAAAAAACAAUGCAGGGGAGUUGACGGGGCGAUUCCCACGAGAGCGGAGGGAGAGUGGAGCCGUGAUUCUGCCUGCAGAGCAAAGUUUCCCCCCGAAGAGGGUUUUUCUUUCCCCCAAUUAUGGAGCGAGGAGCGAGGGGGGGAUGGGGGACCAGAGGGCGCGGGAUACAAAGAGGCCCCAUUUCAGGCUCCUGUCAGAUCUGAGGUGGGACCGUUGAUCACAGGCCACUUCAUCAACAGGUAAAGCCUGAUCUCAACAAAAACUGAGACUGAAGGAGCCGCGAGAGGCUCCAGUUUCUGCCUGAUUCAUGAAAAUAUAUCAGCAAAGCAAAACCACCUUCUGGUUCCAUAACUGAUGGAUUACAAGAGUUUAAACAUGUGUUGUGCAAAGUCCACAUGAACCAUGGAGACAUUUACUUCAAACUCUGAUCCUAAACACUGCAGAAGCUCCAUGUGAGUCAUCCAGGGGCGGUGGUUCAGGUCUCAGGUCUCAGAUCUCAAACUUACAAACUCGUCACAGUGUGUCCUGUUCUAACACGUCUCACAAGUCACCAUAUGGACAGGAUGAGCUGACAUGAGCGCAGAGAAUAAAGCGCAGAGAGCGCAGAGAGCGCAGGCCUCCUCCCUCCGCUCUCUGCGCUAAACUACUAGAACAACGCGGAAGUCAUAAUUAAGCUGUAAGCAUGCUGUCACAAAUAAGAGCCCCAGCAGGCUGAGAGCGCUUUCUACAAAUCUACUCAGACUUUUUUUUCUGAAGUUCGGGGGCGUCUUGCAGGAGCAGGAUCUGAGCCGAGCUGAGGUCCCGGAGCUGCCCAGGAGCCUCUGAGCAGAGAGGAAACCCCCCGGCAGCUCCAGGUUCAGGCACACGGACCACCUGGUCGGAGUCAGAACAACGUGCUGGUCUGGAUCAAACACCUGUAGUGACGGAGGGAAAAGUCUCCAGAAACUGGGAGUGAGUCCUGCAGCCUGACGUCCCCGCACACAGCCGUCACCCUCCCGCAUGUUCCCUCCCGCAGCGGCCCGGUCUCCUCCCGGGCGGGGCUUCAUGAGUCCAUAUAAGAGCGGAGGAGGUCCGGUGGGUGGAGGGAGAAUCUCCUGUGGACCUGCUGCGACCCUCUGCUCCUCCACUCCUGACCUGCUGCCUCCUCCUCCUCCUCCUCCACCUCCUCCUCCUCCAGCACCAUGGAUAGCUCCGGGCUGCUCCGCGGGCUGCUGCUCGUCGGCCUGCUGUGCGUCCUGUGUGACGGACAGACGUCCCAGGAAGUGUCCGCGGAGGACUUUGGAGCGGACAAACCGGAACCAGCUGCAGACAGAGACCUGGUGGAGGCGUUGGAGGCUCUGCUGGGCAGGAUGCACAGUCGGACCGGCUCCACCGAGAAGAGAGGAAGCAUCCAGCUGUGUGGGAUGGGCGACCGCUGCGCCAUGAAGUUCGGGCCUCGCAUCGGGAAGCUGUGCGACUGCGGCCGAGGAGCCAACUGCAACUCCUACCUGCUGAAGUGCAUCUGAGGAGCUUUUUUAUCCUUUUUCACAAUCACAGCGUCACUUCUGCAGGACAGCCGACAUCCUUCACGAAGGCUCAGCAGCUUCCACAGACUGUCACAGACCGACGCCACGCCUCCGAUUUCAUUAUUUAUAUCUGUUAUGCAUCGUUGCCUGAGGAUGAGCAUGGGGUUUUUUUGUAUUUCUGACCAUUUACUGUUGUUGCAUGUUAAUGUUUCAUGUUCAAUAAAGACAUUU